CAACUGGCGCGGAAGCUUUCAUCAGCUGUCAACCGUCCAGUGCAGUGCGGCCUCCCCCCCCAAUUUUACUGGGACCCGCGAUAAAGUGCGUGUACAAACGGGCUCAACAACAUCCGGGAAACCUCCUUCACGUCCGAAUCUUUUUGCACCAACUCCCCUGUGCAGCCACUACUCCAGCAAGAGAAGAAAAAAAGUCCGAAUCCGAGCCCAGUCCGCAAACCCCCAACAAACCAAUACGCCGAAAAAGAGCCACGUUUAAUCACCGAAAACCCUCAGUCGUCACCGAACUCUGUCACAAUGGGCGUCGAACUUACCUACCAAGAUGUUGCCGAGCACAACACCAAGAAGGAUCUCUUCAUGGUGAUCCACGACAAGAUCUAUGACUGCACCAAGUUCGUCGACGAGCACCCCGGUGGUGAGGAGGUUCUUCUCGACGUCGGCGGUCAGGAUGCCACCGAGGCGUUCGAGGAUGUCGGCCACAGCGACGAGGCCCGCGAGACCUUGGAGCAGCUGCUCAUCGGCGACCUGAAGCGCCAGCCCGGAGACCCUGCCCCUAAGAAGCAGACCCCCGUCGCCAGCUCAGCCAGCACCACCGAGAGCGCCGGCUUUGGCAUCGGCCUCUAUGCCGUUCUCCUUAUCGGCGGUGUCCUCGCCUACGUCGCCUACCAGUACCAGCAGCAGCAGCAGCAGGCGUCCGCAUAAUGUGCCGGUCGUUGUCACUGUUUUUCAAGUAUGCUGGGGGUGCAGCUCGAAUCGCCCGUUGCUCCUGGAGAAGGGGGGCGAGCUGGGAGUACGCGCGCCCACGCCGCCCGCGACCGGAGCCGCAAGUCGUUAUCCUCAAGAAGCGCGAUCGUUACGAGGCAAGGGGGGGCUAUCCCUCGCGUCACCUAAGGCUAACGAUGUUUGAACGGGGAUGUGCUAUGAGCUGGCGCAGGUGGGUGUUGUAUGGGGCUUUAUGAUGUUGAUUCACAGCGGCAGGAAGGCCACGCUGGUCAACUGAGACCGGCGAGCCAAGUCUGCCGGGGGAUGAUACGCUUUUAAUAGAAUAUAUGUUCUGGUCAUGACUGUUAGUUUGUGUGUUAGAUAUACGGGUAGCAGGCAGCGCGAUGCUGGGUAUAAUGCCAA